CUUGGUGGCUUUAAAUGCUGGGUUAAUUUACACUCGGAGCGGAGCUUUCAGUGUCAGGCGAUCUUUUUUUGCCAACAUAAGCACUCAGCUGAAACAACAGCUAUGACUCAGUUGCCAGCGAACGCUGCUUGAAUUGAUUUAGUCGGAGUUCAGAUUUAGCACAUAAUCAUGUUCAAUUUGAUCCACUGUGCUGCCUAGAGAUAAAAGGGUUGAAAAAAUAGAUUUAGCUUAUGUCAGUCUUGGUGGUGAUGUCAUUGCCAUGAGAGAUGGAAUAGCGCUGUUACUAUGCUCCGCCGGCUCAGUCGGUGGGUGUACGAGGGGAAGGCAAGGAGCAACUCAGUUAAGUGCAAAGAGCUCGUGGCGGAGGCUUGCAGUUAUUGUCGGCACUGAAACAGAAUUUCGGACAGCUCAAUAGCAAAUACUGAGCCGAAGAUUUUUGUUUUCUUCCGGUCGUUUGUUACUCGGAGGUUGCUUAACUCUGUGUACAAAAGGGGGGGAUGCCAGCCCGUAGCAUGGACUGUGAUGUCUCCACUCUGGUCGCCUGCGGGGUUGACGUGGAGAUUUUUGCCAACCAAGAGGUUAAGGAGAAAUUUGAAGGCUUGUUCCGUGCCUAUGAUGACUGUGUGACAUUCCAGCUGUUUAAGAGCUUCAGACGCGUGCGGAUAAAUUUUAGUAGUCCCAAAUCAGCCGCUCGUGCCAGGAUAGAGCUGCAUGAAACACAGUUCAGAGGGAAGAAGUUAAAGUUGUAUUUCGCACAGAUUCAGACCUCUGAGACAGAUGGAGACAAGCUUCACUUGGCUCCGCCACAGCCUGCAAAACAGUUUCUCAUCUCGCCUCCAGCCUCCCCACCUGUAGGGUGGCAGCCAAUAGAUGAUGCAACACCUGUCAUCAACUACGACCUCCUUUACGCAGUUUCUAAGCUAGGACCAGGAGAGAAAUACGAGCUGCACGCAGGAACGGAAUCCACUCCCAGUGUGGUAGUGCACGUCUGCGACAGCGACAUGGAGGAAGACGAGGACCCAAAGAAUUCUCCAAAGCCAAAAAUCAUUCAAACUCGGCGCCCUGGUCUGCCACCUCCUGUAUCUAACUGAGCCUCUCCAGCAGAAGCAGCACUUCUCUCCUCCAGCACAGCUCUUGUGUUUUUUUGUUUGCUUUAUUAUUAUUAAAUUUUUUUUUUUUGAAAGGCAGCCAUCGCCUUUUGAGUACUAGGACAUUAAGCUCAUGGAAAUCCCUUCUCAGUAAUCAAGCCUAUGUAACAAAAGGGCUAGGAAAAAAAGAUCUUUGUAAUAUGUAACCAUAUCACACACCAACUAAUAGGUUUUCUGGAAAGGACAAAACAAGGCUGAAGCAGGGAGGGGUUCAGUCUGAGGAUUUUCCACAGCUAUAAUUUGCAUGCUGAAAUGCCACCACCAGAGAGAUCGGUCGCGGUGGGUGAUUAGGCUGGUAUCAGGCUUGAUAUUGAAACUCCCAGAAUACUUGCUGCUGCCCUUCAUCAAGGAGCCUGCUUCUCUGCCCUCAGUUUCCCAGCAGACCUCAGGUUUUUUUUUUUCCUUUUUUUCUUUUUUUUUUAAGGGGAGUGAAUUGUUUUUAAUCUAGCAGUUUGGUGGCCUUUCAACCCCCUGGAUUUUUUUUUUUUAAGGAAUAUUAUCCUUGCAACCUUUUUAGAAACAGAAAAAUGCCCUCUUCCACCAACAGCUGUAGAGUGAAGCGGUCUGUAACGGUGGUAGGGAUGUGGCACAGAGGUCUCUGGGCUGAGGGGAGAGGCAGCAGCUUGCUGAAGGGUUUGGUGUCUUUCAGUCUCUCUCUCUAAGGAGGGGGGAGACAGAAUAUCAGUAAGGAUUGUCAUUUUAUCUUCCAUAAAGGUCUGAGUGGUACUUCUCUCUGAGUUUGAGGAAGAAAGAGAACCUGUCUGCUCAUUUAAGAUGGGAUUCAUUGCUCUCUGUCAUAGCUGUAAGUUCCAGUAAUGAUUAAGGCUGAAUGCUUUCCUAGUGGUGUGUUGAAUAGCCCUGAAACGUGGUAAUUACUUGUACAUCCCUAAUAAUCAGUCCUUUCCCCUCCCCGUUUCCUGUGCUUUAAAGCCCUUCUUGAGCUGUAUACAGUUUGGGUUUGUGGAGGUGAGGAGAGGUUAGUUGGUGUUCUUUCGUUUUUCUUUUUCUUUUCUUUCCUUUUUUUUUUUUUUUUAGGCCAAAGAAAACAGGACCAUAAUUACACACUUGAAAUUAGACUGCAUGCAAUCGAGUCCCCUUUCUUCACUCUGUCCUGCAUGUUUCUUUCACUUGCAAUGUAUACUGGGUUACAGAAAUUGUUCUGUGUUUUCAUCAUGGCCAACGGCAGACAGAUGCUGGAUUCCCUGUCUGGUAGACCUUCCAUGAUGAUUUUUUUUUUCAUGUGUAUUUGUCAUUUUGAGAACAUAUUUUCUAGACAUUUGAGCUCAGAUUUUGCAUAUACUUAAGCAUGCGCUUAAUUUAUGCACAUGAGUAGUUCCACUGAAAUUAAUACUGCAGAAAAUUGAGCAUAUGUGUAAGAUACAGUGGGAUUUUUAAGCUAAUUAGCUGCAGCUGUACUCCCGAAAGUGACUAUAAAAUGGCACAGUGAGAUUCCAAGGUUUAAAGUCUUUUACAAGUUAAAAUAAGCAUAUAAAUCUUGGAAGCUCACUCUAGGAUCGGAAAAGUCAGCUUAGGCUCCGUAAUCAAGAUUUUUCUCAUGAAACCUAACGAUCAGUGUCCUGAGGGAGGGUUCCUUUCCCUCCUUAGUGAGGCUACAAGCUGCGGAAAGGUCAAGUCACCCUUGUCGUGGUAUUUAUUGGCUCUGCAGUACUUCCAAGAAGAAAAGUGUGUUGCUUUAUCAGUGGCGACAGGAGAUGCCAUUCUCGAUCUUGCAUGGGGAGGACAUUUUGAGAAGUAAGGACUUUCCGUUCUCAUAUAGUUUAUUCUCUGACCACCACAGCCCCCUGAAAUAUUCCUGUUGAAGUUAGUGCUUUACUUAGCGUGUAUCUAUAACGUGAUAACUGUUAAUACUUUAUGGACAUCGUCGUGUGUGUGUUACACUAAUAGAAGCACGUUAAAUACAGCAGAGGCUGAACCAAAACGGGGCUUUAGUAUCUCCAUGAUAUCUGAGUAAAGUUGUCUUCAAGUAUCUCCUUAGAGGUGUCACUUGGAUUAUUUUUCAGUGCUGCACUUAGAAUUGAUUUAAAUAAAUCAUUUGUUACUGAUUGUCCUAGGACUCGAAUUUGAUGUUCCUAUCGAAGAUACCUUCAUAGGCCACCUGCGGUAUUUCAGGAGUAACACCACUGUCUGGUUUGAGAACAUACAGAACGCUGAACUCCAUUGGUUUUAGACUAAUACAAACACAGUAAGAUCUAAAUGCUUAAGAUUUUUUUGUUGAUACGUGCUGUAUGAAAGAAAUUCUUGGCCACAUCCUCAACUGAUGUCAGUGACCAGAGAUCUUCUCCAAAGUCGAUACUUUAGGUUUUUUACAUGUAAAAAUGUCAGGGCUGAAUCUAGUCCUUAUAUCCAUGUACUCAAACUUUGGAGAGAUUUGGUUCUGAACUGUGGAAUUUGGCCUCCAGUGAUGUAAAACUACACUGCAAAAAAAGCACUGGGUUUUAAAUGUUCUUUCCCAAAAGUGCAUUUACAGACAGGUUUAAAAACAGGUCCGAUUCAAUGACUACUCUUCAUAAACUAUGUAGCACUACCCAGGAGGGAGCAGAACAUAGCUUUAUUGAUUAAAGCACAGGAACAGAAACGCAGUUACAAGCCUGAAAAUGCAGAAGCCUGUUGUAAUAAUGAUAAAUGUUUAUAUCUCACCGUUAUACGGUUAAACAUGGUCAUCACAGAUUAUUCCACAAUACCUAAAAAAAUUAUGGCCCUAUCCUAAAAGUAACAGCAUUUGUGACUCUCUGAAGAGAACCUGGUAUUUUGCUAACAGCUGUUUCUUGUCUGGUACGAAAGGCUUCCUUCAGAAAAAUGCUGACCAUCUGGGAAAAUAAAUGUCCUAUUUAAUUCAGUAAUUCAUAGACACAGCCCCCACUUCGGGGGGAAUCUUCUCCUGUGUAGCAUCUACCAGCUCAGUCCCUGUGACUUGCACUUUUCCUAGGGUGUCCACAGUGCUGAAGUACUCUCCUGUAGCAAUAUAAAUGGGAGUGAAAUCUGUGUUACAUUGCAGCCUGUGGUGCACGGUGACAUAGCUGACAUCUCUUUAAUUUCCCUUCCCGAGCCCGGGCAGCGAUGUGCUGGGGCCCUCUGCUGGGUGGCUGCUGCUGCUGGCUGGAAAUGAAAGCAGGAAUUGCCAAUGACUUCCUCAGUACAGCUAACAGCACGGAAACAUUUAAAAUGCACAGAGAAAGGGCGUGUUGGAAUCUGCUUUUUCAUUUUCAGAUCAGAAGGAUACGGAAUUUCUGUGGCCUUGAUUUUUGGACAUAAGCUAAUACAACACCCCCUUCCCAGCCCAGCUGUACGACUCACCUACACUUUGUUUUCAUCAAGAAAACACGGCAAGAGCAUCCCUUAGCAAGAGUACAGGCAUAUUUACUGUAACAUCCUUUAUAUUCUAAAAAUGUGCCCAAUAGAUAAAUUGCAGUCCAUUUCUUUAACAGUUAUUGGCUGUAAAUUGUCUUGGGAGGGGGUGAAGAGGUUGUUUUUAUUUUGCUCUUUUUCCCCCCACACUCAGCAGCAGCGAAAAAGCUUUCUGCAAAAAGACUGUUCUUUGUACAGAGUAAGUGACAACCGUCCUGCAAGACCCAAUUACAGUGGUACGUCCGAGCACUGUGACAAAUCACGUUAGCUUCUCCAUUACGCUGUACAUACUAUCGAAGUAUUCUAUUUAGUCAUGUUUUAUAGGAGUGUUAAAAAGCUAUUGGCUAAUUAACCACUUUUACACUUGUAUAAUUCAGAGCUUAGUUUAAAAAAUAAAUAUGGCAACGAUAUUUUCGUGUUCUGUUUGUGCUGGCAUUUUGAAAAGCAGCAUCUACAAGACGUAAACCGCGUUAAACUGACUAGGGUGAUACAUGCCACUGCCCUCUUAAUUGGUAGAACUGAAAUGGCUGAAAUGUUUGACAGAGGUCAAACUCCGUUUCAGUUGAAAUUAAAAAAUUAGGGGGCAAAAUAGCCCUGUGAUUGGCAGGGCAUGCCCAUUCCAUUUUAAACUGCUGCAGUUUCACUGAGUCGUGUGAACUUGCACUGGUUCGCUGUGGAUUUGGCUGCGUGUAUGCUAACAAAGAAUACAGCACGGUCCCGGGUGAGAAAAGCACAUCUCUGGCAGACAAAGGGGCUCUUUCUGUGCUAAAGAAUGAUAAAUACAGUGGGCAGGAGUGUUUGACUAAGGAACAUGGCAUCCAACUAACGCCGAGGCUGUGGGAAAAGUUGUUAGCAUUAGUCGUUAUAAAAAUUGGAAGUCACUCUUUAUAGUGUCUUGUGUUAAUUUGUAGUGGAUCUUCCAAACGAUUGGAAAGCAGGAGAUGAGUUUGUUGAGUAACCCGCUCAUGAAGUUCUUAUAUUUGAUCUUAUGACGACCCGCACUUAGA